AUGCCGAAGGGGCGGCGCGGCAGCCAGAGCCCCACGAUGAGUCAGCGGCCGGCCCCACCCCUUUACUUCCCGUCCCUCUACGACCGCGGCAUCUCUUCGUCUCCGCUCAGCGACUUCAACAUCUGGAAGAAGCUCUUCGUGCCUCUGAAGGCAGGCGGGACGCCAACUGGUGGGGCGGCAGGGAGCCGGCCCCUGCCGCAGACGCCCCCGGCCCCGGCGCCACCACCCCCGCCGCCCGGCCUGGGUCCCCCCAGCGAGCGCCCCUGUCCCCCUCCCUGGCCCUCCGGCCUGGCCUCCAUCCCCUACGAGCCCCUGCGCUUCUUCUACUCGCAGCCGCCGGGGCCGGAGGCAGCCACCUCGCUCCUGGCGCCCGGACCCCCGACCCCGCGGCUCGCCUCCGCCUCCCACCCGGAGGAGCUGUGUGAGCUGGAGAUCCGGAUCAAGGAGCUGGAGUUGCUCACCAUCACUGGGGACGGCUUCGACUCUCAGCGCUAUAAAUUCUUGAAAGCGCUAAAAGAUGAAAAGUUACAAGGACUGAAGACCAGGCAGCCUGGAAGGAAGUCGGCCUCUCUGUCCUGAGGAGCUACCUCACCAGAGCCUGGGCAGCAGCCUCCUUAGGUGUUAGUGCUUAGAUAAUGUGUCCUGUUUGUUGUUAUUUUCAAAGAUCGUUAUUUUCUGUUCUGUAUUUACUGCUGUUCUUGUUGCUCUCAGCACUUAUUCCACAUACAUGCCUGCUUGCAUAAAUCUCCUGGUCUCUCUCUUCUCUGUGCCGUGGACCCUCUGCUGCUUGGGACGCUCUCUUGUGGGACCUGGAAGCUGCUGCCCUGCUGGCCUUCAGGGGCUCCUGAGACCAGGGGAGGAGACCUGUGAGGCCCUCCCGGGACGGGGACCCCAAACACUGCCACAGUCAGUCAAAACCAGAGUGAUUGAUAGGUCAGAAGGAAAUUGGAAGAAACCAAGGGCAAAUGUAUUUGCUUAUGUUGCUGUGUCUCUGCUCAGAAAGACUCUUUGAAGACUGGAACAGUGGGAGGUUUUUCAAAGAACUUUAAUCCUUGGAAGUUGUUUUUUCUUAAAUGGCUUUUGGACCACAAAACUCUUUGAAAACUGAUCAAAGCCAUGGUUUUUCCUAGAAAUUUGCAUACUCAAGAAAUUUGAGUGCUUCUAGGAUUUAGGAUUCCGAGUGGGGGAGAGACAAGUCGUAAAUAUAAAUAAGUACAUUAUAAUAUGGUAUCAUAGAAGGUCACAUGCUAAGGGGGAAAAAAGAGUGGGGAGGGUUGGAGGGAGACAGGGUAGAAGUUCACAUAGUCUGUUGAAGAUAGAACGUUUAACAAGGUUUGAAGGAGGUUGAGGGCGAUGGCUUUGUGGCACCCUGGGGAAUGUUCCCGGCAGAAGGGCCAGUGCAAAGUCACUUAAGGUGGGAGCAUGUUUGAGGGUCAGCAAAGAGCCCAGGAUGAGUGAGAGGAGAGUGGUGGGGUUGAGGGCAGAGUGACAGGGGUCUGGUUCAGGUAGGACCCUAUAGCUAUACUGCAAUAUACUGCAGUAGUCAUGCCCGACUGCAGGGGGAGCGGAUACCCAGUUACAAGUGCUUUGCUGCCAAGGCAGGAGUGUGGACCCAAGUGUUAGAUGAAAGCUUCUGGUUUCUGAAUCUCAGCAACUAAUUCAAAUUAAAAAAAAAAAAAAAUUUUUUUUUUUUAAUUCAAAUGUGUCCAAAAAAAAACUUUGCAGGCCAAAUGGCCCUGGUGGUGCAACAGUUAAGCGCUCAACUGGUUCAAGCCCACCCAGUGGCUAUACAGGAGAAAGACCUAGCAAUCUGUUUUCAUAAAGAUUAAACCAAACCAAACCCAUUGCAGUUGAGUUGAUUCCGACUCACAGUGACCCUACAGGACAGAGUAGAACUGCCUCAUAGAGUUUCCAAGGAGCUGCUGGUGGAUUUGAACUCCCAACCUUUUGGUUAGCAGCCGAGCUCUUUUUUU